GUAACUUAAUAUCUAGUCUCAUUUUUAUUCAGCUCUCUGAACUGACAGAAAGUUAGAAGCGAUGGCUGACAGCAAGGGGCCUCAGGGUGCCACAGGCGGGGAAGAUGUCACUGUUGAUUUCAUCCUGGAGCAAGGAGCAGCUCUUCUUAGAGGGUACGUGAUUGAGCGUUUAAACAUCGACGAGCCCAGUCGACACGUGUCCCUUGAGCUUCUGGGAGGAAGGCCAGACGAACUACAGGAUCCAGAACUCAAACAAUUGCUCAAAGAGCUGAUGAAGAUUACAGUUGAUCUGGAAACAAAUACAGAGCUCCAAAGACUGAUCAAGCGGGUUCCGGACAAAUGUUCCGAGGACAUCUUCAUGAAGACGGCCAAGAACAUCUUUGCUGACGGCAUCAACUGGGGUCGAGUGCUCGCUCUCUUCCAAAUGGCCUACAUAUUCAUAGCGAAGGCACUGGCCACUAACGAUGAAGAGACCGUCCGACAAAUUCAGAGAUUGUUUCCACAGGUCAUCAGAGAGCACGUUUUCAUUUGGCUCAUACAGCAGGGAGGCUGGGAGGAGGUGAUCACUGUUGUUUUUCCUCAGUGGAGGACAGUAGCCAUUGUGGUGUCAGUAGCGUUGGUUGCAGCUGUUGUUUACUACAGGAAGACACACUGA